GUUGCGGGGUAAAAGUCAACACCAUCGCUGCUGAUAUUGAGAUUUGUAGAAGAGGAACAAAGUGAAUAAAUAACAUGGCAUCGUGGAAUAUGUAUAUGUUUCCAAGUUCAUGUCCAAGGCCUCUUGCAUACGGCCCGUGUGACGUGGCAGAUUCCCUACUAGUUCUCAAAUAGUGUCUCUGCGGCAGAAAUGACAGUUUAGUUAUCACGUCAGGUAGUUCAAGAGCUGAUCAAAUGCCAUUCAGGCUUUUUGUCUCAUCUUCAAUUGAGAACUACUCGCUGAGUGAUCCUCACCGAUGCGGGGCUGGCCUCGUUCGAGGUCCAAGCAACUGAUACAUGCACGGACGGUCAUAUUCAGCCAGCCACAGUUAUACGGUAUGAUAUGAUCGACAACGGAGUGUUGAUCUUCGACUUUGAGAAAGAAGACUGAAAGGUAUAAGUAAGGAAGAAGAUACACUGUAAGAUUCACAAGUAGAUAACAACCUUGCCUUUUGUCUCCCUUAUAUUGAAACCUACAGAGGUAUAACUUACUAAAUCGCCUAACUCACCGGAGCUACAAUGCUUCUCAAGAUCCUUGUUUCUAUCACAGCUGCCGUUUCAGUUACAGCAACAGCUAUCGACAAACCAGUUGGUGUUGCCGGCUGUAAAUGGUCGGGCACUGCUCCUUAUUGUGCAGGGGAAUGCGAGCCCGGCUGGCAUGAGAGGGGACGCAGUCAAUGUGGCGAUGGCAGCUGCUGUUGGACUGGCAGCAAAGCCCUCUGCUGCGAAGACGAGGAUGCAGUCCAGGACCUAGUGCAGGAGAAGGAAGAAGUUGGCGUCGACAGCUGUUAUUGGUCGGGAACAGCUCCUUACUGCGCAGGGGAGUGCGGACCUGGGGAGCGUGAGAUUGGACGCAGUAAAUGUGGUGAUGGCGCCUGCUGUUGGACCGGGGAAAAGGCCUACUGCUGUAAUGAUGAAGAGAGUGACAACCGGGACCUCUAGAUCAAGUAAUAUCGAGGGGGAGAACCAGUUAUGUAGCUAGCCAGCAUAGUGACCCUCUGAGAAUGCGUUGAAUUGCCUUGCUGUCU